UUCAGGGUAGGAGAUCUGGAGAAAUAGGUAAUGUAUAUCAAUUGAGUUUGUCAAAAGAAAGGUUUCUUUGUUGUCUUCUGAAGCGAAUCUCCUUUAAUGGAAAACUUGCGUGGACAUAGCUGUAAGAGAGACAAUACUGUGAAGCAGGAUGUGUUUUAAGAUGGACGGACCUCUACGGUCGAGAUGUAGGAUCGAGGGAUCAAGAGAUGCUGACUGGAAUUGUAAUUAGAUUGGGCUGGUGGGCAACAGCAUAGUCUGGCGGUCGUGACGAAUGAAUGCACCGAAAGGACGCCUGGUUUGGCUGUCAAGGGGAGCUGUGGUGUCUAAGAAGUUCUGCUUCUGAAUUUCUGAAGAGCGGUAUGCUAUAUGCCUGGUGAACCAUGGCUCAGAACCAGGUUGUCCUGCAGUUUCGUUUCUCCACUUUCGGGGAGUCCAUGCUGCAGAAGAUGAACGCAUUGCGCAGACAGAGUCGGUUCUGCGAUGUAACAGUCCGGAUCAAUGAGUUAGAGGUGUCAGGACAUAAGGUGGUGUUUGCAGCUGGAUCACCAUUUCUAAGGGACCAGUUUUUCCUUCAGGAUUCUCGAGAGGUACAGAUCUCCAUGUUGCAGGAUGCAGAAGUCGGAAAGCAGCUGCUUCUGUCUUGCUACACAGGGACUCUGGAGUUCCCUGAGCUGGAGCUUGUCAAUUACCUGACCGUGGCCAGUUUUCUGCAGAUGGGGCACAUUGUGGAGCAGUGCACUCAGGCCCUGAAUAAAUUCAUCAAGCCACACAGGGUGCAGGAAGAGCAGUCUAACAGACCUUCCUCGCAUGAAAGCAGGCAGGAGGUGGUCACUGUGGAUACAGAGCAAGAAGAGGAAGAGGACGACGACGAUGAUGAUGAAGAUGACGAUGAGGUCAUCGUACAGUCGAGGUCUUCCCCUGUUCGACAGAUUCAAGAUCCGGGUGAGAGCGAGGGGAGUUCCAUUACUAUCGUCAAGGUAGAGUCAGUGUGUGAUCGUGCGUCUGAUAUAUCCAACAACCUGCAAGGCCGCUUCUCCAGCUUGGGUCCUACCCCUCCUAUGCACUCACCGGAGCCCCAGCACUCCCUUAUCAACUCCACAGUGGAUACUCGGUCAGGAGAGAUACCAGCAGUGCCCUUGCAGGGGUAUCCCCUGAGCCCAACAGCUAACUUACCAGGGAAAACUACUCUUGGGGGACACUUGCGCAGUACAGACAAGGGCCUGCAGUGGUACCACCAGUGCCCUAAGUGCACCCGUGUCUUCCGCCAGCUUGAGAACUAUGCCAAUCACCUCAAGAUGCACAAACUCUUCAUGUGCCUACUUUGUGGCAAGACGUUCACCCAGAAGGGUAAUUUGCAUCGCCACAUGCGUGUCCACGCUGGAAUCAAGCCUUUCCAGUGCAAAAUCUGUGGGAAGACCUUCACCCAGAAGUGCUCUCUCCUGGACCACCUCAACUUGCACAGUGGAGACAAGCCCCAUCGCUGUAAUUACUGCGACAUGGUGUUCGCUCAUAAACCUGUCCUUCGGAAGCAUCUCAAACAGAUUCACGGCAAGAACAGCUUUGACAACGCUAAGGAGCGCAGCCUGCUGGAGGGUGCCAAUGACUUUGAGUACAGCCGACAUCAAGACUGCAACAUGGACAGCAAGCCUGUACUGAUGGAAGAUUCCCUCUAACUGAGGGUUCAGAUCUACUCUACUGAUUCAAUCUUUGCAGCUAUAUACACUCUAACAACCUGACCUCUGUCACAGUGCACAGUUUUCAGAGACACUAAUAGUUGUAGACAGACUAAAAUGUUAACCUGAAACGCUGACUAAAUGUGUAACUGUAUAAAAAGAACA